CUUCUUUCUCUGGUUGCUUCAGCACGACAACACCCUAAGAAUGGGAGGAACUUCCGCUUUCAAGGAUGAGUAUACCUUCGAGCAAAGGCUUGAGGAAUCGCGGGAUAUUGUGGCCAAAUAUCCCGAUCGAAUCCCCGUGAUCGUGGAAAGAUAUGCGAAAUGCGAUCUGCCUGAGUUGCAGAAGAAAAAAUACCUUGUUCCCCGAGACUUGUCUGUUGGGCAUUUUAUUCAUAUUUUGAGUUCCAGACUUAGUCUACCCCCUGGAAAAGCUCUCUUUGUAUUUGUGAAGAAUACCUUACCCCAAACUGCUAGUAUGAUGGACUCUGUUUAUAGAUCAUUCAGGGACGAGGAUGGGUUUCUUUACAUGUUUUAUAGCACCGAGAAAACCUUCGGCUCGUGCAUGAUGUAAACUAUCAAACUAUGUAC